CAUACUGCCUCAGGCGAAGGAAUUUGACGUUCUUUCGCACUCCUGUCACAGUUCAGCACUUUCCCGUGUUGAAAACCGCUGUUAUCGCUACAUCCCGGCUUGUCGUGUGUUAGCACGUAGCUAUCGGAGCUGUGAAGUCCCUUUGCAUCGCUUGGAGGUACCGCUGACAGAAUGCAGAUCUUCGUGAAGACCUUGACCGGUGAGGGGGAGGGCGGGGGGAGGGGGAAAGGGCCAACACACCAAUGGUGGUGGCGAGGGGUGCCCACGGCGUGUCUCAUCGGUGUUGAUGCCUCUGGUGCGUGUGUUGUCUGCAGGCAAGACCAUCACGUUGGACGUUGAGCCCUCGGACACCAUCGAGAAUGUCAAGGCCAAGAUUCAGGACAAGGAGGGCAUUCCCCCCGACCAGCAGCGCCUGAUCUUCGCCGGCAAGCAGCUCGAGGACGGCCGCACCCUGAGCGACUACAACAUCCAGAAGGAGAGCACGCUCCACCUGGUGCUGCGCCUGAGGGGAGGGAUGCAGAUCUUUGUCAAGACGCUCACUGGUCAGCAAACCGACACACACACAUGCCGGGAUGGCCACAGGCGGGCAGACACCGACACGAACGAACGCGGUGUUGGUGUCGUGCUGUGUGUCGGUCUCUCUGCAGGCAAGACCAUCACGUUGGACGUUGAGCCCUCGGACACCAUCGAGAAUGUACGUAAUGGGUCACAGACAGCCGCAUACCACCCCCCAGCCACCACACCACAACACCCGCCUUAACGCACUCGUCCGUGUGAUGUGCGAUGCGUGUGGUCAGGUCAAGGCCAAGAUCCAGGACAAGGAGGGCAUCCCGCCCGACCAGCAGCGUCUCAUCUUCGCCGGCAAACAGCUCGAGGACGGCCGCACGUUGUCUGACUACAACAUCCAGAAGGUCAGCCAGAUGCACAUGCACAUAAUCGAGGUGACCCACUUCCCCAUGUGUGUCGCUGGUUGAUGUCCGCUCGGCUUGCAGGAGUCUACGUUGCACCUUGUGCUGCGCCUGAGGGGUGGCAUGCAGAUCUUCGUGAAGACCCUUACUGGUCAGCAAACCGGCCACGCGACUGAAUCUGGUGUGCUCGUCAUCUUGUGUGCGUCGCUCUGCCUGCAGGCAAGACCAUUACGUUGGACGUUGAGCCCUCGGACACCAUCGAGAAUGUCAAGGCCAAGAUCCAGGACAAGGAGGGCAUCCCGCCCGACCAGCAGCGGCUGAUCUUCGCCGGCAAGCAGCUCGAGGACGGCCGCACCCUCUCGGACUACAACAUUCAGAAGGUCAGCCAUUCACACAGCUAGAGACACACAUGAGAUGGCAUCUUGACCCACACGUGUGGCUUUGGUUGUCGUCGCUUGGCUUGGCGUGCAGGAGUCGACCCUCCACCUAGUGUUGCGCCUGAGGGGCGGUAUGCAGAUCUUUGUCAAGACGCUCACUGGUCAGCCGCGCCGCGCUCACCCACACCCGCUGCAGAGGGCCACAGACGUGUGUGGUGUCGGUGUGUUGGUGUGCGCUGUGCAGGCAAGACCAUUACGUUGGAUGUUGAGCCCUCUGACACGAUCGAGAACGUGAAGGCCAAGAUCCAGGACAAGGAGGGCAUCCCGCCCGACCAGCAGCGUCUCAUCUUCGCCGGCAAGCAGCUCGAGGACGGCCGCACGUUGUCGGACUACAACAUCCAGAAGGUCAGUCCGUAGGCAUGGCACACGGCCCACACAUCCAUCCUCAUUCGUGUGUCGUGUCGGUGCUGAUCGUGUCAGGAGUCUACGCUGCACCUGGUGCUGCGCCUGAGGGGAGGCAUGCAGAUCUUUGUCAAGACACUCACCGGUCAGCAAACCGACACACACAGCUCACAUGAGGCAGGACAUUUCUUCACUGCUUUGGUGGAUGGCGUGCAGGCAAGACCAUCACGUUGGACGUUGAGCCCUCGGAUACCAUCGAGAAUGUCAAGGCCAAGAUCCAGGACAAGGAGGGCAUUCCCCCCGACCAGCAGCGCCUGAUCUUCGCCGGCAAGCAGCUCGAGGACGGGCGCACCCUGAGCGACUACAACAUUCAGAAGGAGAGCACGCUCCACCUGGUGCUGCGCCUGAGGGGCGGCCAGUGAGGUCCUUGUUUGACUCGAAGAUAGGCAGCCAGCGGGGUAGCGGCUGGUUGAUGGAGGGGGCGGGUUGGGGAUGAGUGUAUGGUGACAAUGGUGUGCAGGAGGGGUGGCAUGGUGUCGUGGACUGACUGAUUCCAUGUGUUGCAUGCGUGUGUCUGUAUGUGGUGCCGACACACCUGUUUGCACACAAGAGAAGUACAGUGCCUCGGCCGCAGUCUUGUCAGCCGCCGUUUGGAUGUCCAUCAUGGCGGGCUGCACCACAGCUACAAAAGCGGGUGUGUUGCAGACCGUCAAGGUGGGCUUCUCCAUGGCGGCGUAAAGGGGGACGGACAGACGGAUGUAUCAUGAAUGGAAGAUAGACCGACGGAGAGUGUAUCUCGUUCGUACUCCGAGAAUUUCGUGCCUUCACCCAUGUGUGGA